CAUCAUCAAAAAGUAGUAGCAGUAACAGCAGUAGAGAGAAAGAGAUAACAAUAAUUAAGUAAACUAAGUGAGUGUUUCAUCUUUUCGCAGAUUAGUGACAGAACAAUGGGACCGAGCGAUGAUAUACGGCAGCACGAUUAAUUAACGGAGGACGACAAGAAGAAGAAAAAAAAAACAAACAAAUUAAAUAUAUAACUAAAAUGAGUGCGCGCGAGAUGGCCGAGGAAGGUCUCCCGGUGAACAUCCUCGGUGGACAGUUCGAGCAGGACGUCGUUCCGUUCGGUUCGACCAUCUCCAAUGCGGAAUUGGAGAAUUACCUGAAGGUUCACGCCGGCGAGUUCAACCUCUCCGAUUACGGCGGUUUCGGCGAGAUCGAGGAGGCGGUGAACAAGUGCAACGCGUUGUACGCGAACGACACGCUCGACCUGAAGAAACGGUUUCCCGAUGACGGCGACUUCUGCGAAACUGUCUUCGAUUCGAUCUCGUGCUGGCCACCCACCCAGCUCAACGACACCGCCGUCGUCAGAUGUUUCUCCGAGCUGAACGGCAUCAGAUACAACGAUACACGUAAGU